AUGAAGGCGCUGGUGGCUGUCCUGCUGGCCCUGCUGCUGUGCGGGCAGCAAGCCUCAGUUUCCUCUUCUGUGAAAUGGACAGGCCAUCCUGACGGCUACGGGCCAGCUGCUGUAAAGGGCCAGCGCACAACCCCUAGUGUUGCUGGUAAGGAGCGGCCAGGCAGAGGGCGGGCGCAGGAGGUCGAGGAUGAUGACGUGGACGCUGGACCCGAAGGCUAUGAUGAGGAGGAUGACGAGGAGGACGACGAGGCCAGCAUGACUGCAGGCGGCAGAGGCACAGUGCUGCUGCAGUGCUACUCCUGCCAGUCCCUGCACAGGGAUGAGAGCUGCAAACAGAUGCAGAACUGCAUCCUCCCCAAGACCUGCAAAACCAUCAUCUCCCACUGGAAUACUGAGUCAGGUCCCCGGACCACCUACUCGGGGUGGUGUGCAGACACGUGUCAGCCCAUCAGCAGGACGGUGGAUGGAUCCCUGACGACCAUAUCCUGCUGCCAGGCCAGCCUGUGCAACAUCCCGCCCUGGCAGGACCCCCAGGGAAGUGGGGCAGGUGGCCCCCAGGGUAGACCCUCAACUGUGGCCCCCACUCUCCUGCUCAGCCUCCUUGCCGGCUUUCAGGCAAUGGGGUUCUGA